GCCAGUGUGCAGUUGCUUAUACCAUAAUGGAGCUUUUCAAGUGUCUGUUUGGUGUGUUGGUGGUUGUUGUUUUGGCUUGUGGUGUUACUGCCCAGCAUCACUGGACGCUGCCUCUGCAGAAACACCAACCUUCUCCUUCUUUUCAGCAGCCUCAGCAACAGCCGCAUGUCCCUCCACCUGCAGCUCCCUUUGAUAAAUGCCAGGUGGAGCAGAGCAACAAGAUCCAGUGUGGGACUGCAGAUAUCACCACUGAGCAGUGUGAAAACAUUAACUGCUGCUUUGAUGGGUGGCAGUGCUACUAUGGGAAAGCAGUGACUGUGCAGUGCACCAGGGAUGGCCAGUUUGUGGUGGUGGUGGCUAAAGAUGCCACGUUGCCCCACAUUGAUGUGGAGUCAGUCAGCCUGAUGGAAACAAACAACCCCUCCUGUACUCCUGCGGGCGUCACCUCUGCUUUUGCAGUCUUUCAGUUCCCUGUGACUGCAUGUGGCACUACACUCAAGGAGGAAAAUGGCUACGUGGUGUAUGAGAACCACAUGUCUUCCUCGUAUGAAGUGGGAAUUGGACCCAGAGGAUCAAUCACCAGGGACAGCCAUUUUGAGUUAUUGUUUCAGUGUAGGUAUUCUGGCACAGCUGUGGAAGCUCUCGUCAUGGAGGUGAAUGCUGUUCCUCCACCUGUGCCGGUCGCUGCUGCAGGACCCCUCAGAGUGGAGCUUAAACUGGGCAACGGGCAGUGUCACUCAAAGGGAUGUGUUGAGGAAGAGGCAGGGUAUAGCUCGUUCUACACUGCGGCCGACUACCCAGUCACUAAAGUGCUGAGGGAACCAGUCUAUAUUGAGGUGAACAUCCUGGAGAGGUCUGACCCAAACCUUGUCCUUAACCUGGAGCACUGCUGGGCCACAUCUACACCCAAUCCUGACAGCCUGCCACAGUGGGACCUUCUGGCUUAUGGGUGUCCCUACGAUGAUGACCGUUAUGUAACCACAGUGGUGCCUGUGGAUGGCUCCUCUGGGCUUCAAUACCCAACACACUACAAACGCUUUAUUGUUAAAAUGUUCACAUUCGUGGAUCCAAACACCUUUUCUACCCAGAAGGACACGGUGUUCAUCCAUUGUGCUACAGCAGUGUGUUAUCCCAGCAGCACAAACUCUUGUGACCAGCCAUGCCACCGGCAGCGAAGAGCUGUUGCUGCAGCGAGGAAAGUCUCUUCCAGUCGGAGAGCUCUAGUCUCAAGCGGAGAGGUGAUCAUGACUGAGCAGAAACCAUCUUCUCCCAACACCAAAUUGAAGAGAUGACAGUCCACUGGCAGCCAGAUCUGGCCAUGACUUUUUAAUAAAAGC